AUGUCUGGCGCUGGCGCCGGCGGCGACGCCACCCUCUUCGAGGAGAGCUUCACCAUCACCGAGUACGACCAGUCCAAGUACGACCGGGUGGCGCGCAUCUCGUGCACGUCGAGCGACUCGCAGACCGUCAUGGUGCUCGACAUCAACAUGGAGCUCUUCCCUUGCGCCGUCUCCGACUCGCUGCACGUCGUCCUCAGCACCACACUCUCGCCUGACGGCGCCCGCGACGACGACAAGGGCUGGCGCGACGUCGGCAAGGGCGGCGACGCCCCGGCCACCCUCGCCGACCUCUACGACUACGUCUGCUACGGCAAGAUUUAUAAGUUUGAGGAGACAUUUGACGGCGCAACCAUUAACGCGUACGUCUCGUUUGGCGGUCUGCUCAUGUCGCUGCAGGGUCCCGUCAAGAAACUCACCCCUCUGCGCGUCGAUAAUGUGUAUCUUUUGAUCAAGAAAUAA